AUGGUCAACCCUAUAAGAAUGGAAAUUGAUUUAACUACCCAAGUGGCUGAAGCUGCAAAUAUUGAUCGGAAUCUAGUCAGUCGUGUGAUUCCAAUGUUUGAAAAUGGUUAUACUGUGCCAUUUAUUGCACGUUAUCGAAAAGAAGUAACUGGAGGCGCAGAACCAACAGUGUUGCAUAGACUGAAGGAAAAAAUGAAUGACUGCAAAAUGCUUGUUGAUAAAAUCGAGAAAUCACUCCAGUUUUUUGAUAAGAGUGGAUUACUAACGAAUGAAUUAUCGCAACAGUUAAUGAAAUGCAAAACAACUGAAGAUAUUAAGCUUUUGGGAAGUUUAUGA